UUUGGAUUUGCAAUCAAAUAUACAGUGAAGAUCCUUUAACAGAUGAAUCACUAUCAUACAGCUCCCUUCUACAGAAAUGGCACAAAUUGGCCACUCUAGAAUACAUCAAAAAAGCAAAAGAUCUGAAAAACUUAUCAGCAAAAGACCAUAAUAACUUCAAAGAUCCUAAGAUCCUUCUCACUUCAACGAUCAAGCUAAGAAAAACAACAGCUAAUUACUAUUGUAUUCCAGAAUCAUCUCUCCCAAAUAUUAUAUCUUUUGAUCAAUUCAUAUGA